AAGGCAAAACUGAAAACUUAUAAAUUCCAGCUUAUGAUCCUGUUUGUGCAUCAAAUUACUUGACAGAAACACAGCUUAUUUAUCUUCUCCAUGGAAAACAAUCGUACUUACAGCUUAAGCAUUCUCCUCUUCGUUUCAAUAUUUUGUCUACUCAAACGUGCUAUGUCCAGCGCACCUGGGCCUGAAAUGCAGAACUAUCUUACUGGAAAUUGGUUAAACCAUGGUGGUGAUAUUUACAACCGUAGAUACGCUGAAGGAGAAACCAGGAUUAGCCCUUCAACUGUUUCCCAGUUGCGUCUCAAAUGGAAGUUCUAUGCCGGGAACGACAUAACUGCAACACCAGCGAUCUUUGGUGGGAUUGUUUAUUUUCCAAGCUGGAAUGGAUACAUUUAUGCCGUGAGAGCAGCCGAUGGCUCCCUAGUGUGGAAACAGAACUUGCAAGUGUUAACUGGCCUUAAUGCAACCAUAUCAUUCACAAACGAUACCACGCUUGUCUCCAGAGCAACUCCAACUGUUGCUGAUGAUAAGCUAAUCAUAGCAAUUUAUGGACCAGCUUAUGUUAUUGCUGUUAAACGGGCAACAGGAGAACUUCUUUGGAAGAGACAGCUUGACAAGCAUCCAGCCGCUGUUAUUACCAUGUCCGGAACGUAUUACAUGAAAGCUUUUUACGUGGGAGUAUCUUCACUAGAAGAAACUUACAACAUUGAGGACUGCUGUACGUUCCGCGGGAGCUUUGCCAAGUUGGAUGUCCAAACAGGGGCCAUUUUAUGGCAAACAUAUAUGAUUCCCGACAACAAUGGGAAGAAAGGAGGAUAUGCUGGAGCAGCACUGUGGGGAAGCAGCCCCUCGAUUGACGUAGGGAGAAACCACGUAUACAUUGCCACCGGGAACCUCUACUCUGCACCUGAGAGUGUAGAAGAAUGUCAGGAAAGGCAAAAUAAUCAGACAGUUCCGACCCAUCCGGAUGAUUGCAUCGAACCUGAUAUCCAUUUCGACUCUAUGCUAGCUUUGGACUUGAAAUCUGGGAAGAUCAAGUGGUAUAGACAGCUAGGAGGAUAUGAUGUAUGGUUCUUUGCCUGCAGAAAUCCCUCCACCCCCAACUGUCCUCCUGGCCCCAACCCAGAUGCUGAUUUUGGUGAGGCACCAAUGGUGCUGAGCAUAAACAUAAAUGGAACUAAACUAGACAUUGUUGUGGCUGUCCAGAAAAGUGGAUUCGCUUGGGCGCUGGAUAGGAACAAUGGGAACAUAGUCUGGUCCACUGAGGCUGGUCCAGGAGGCACUCUAGGAGGAGGCACAUGGGGAGCAGCCACAGACAACAGGAGAGUCUACACCAACAUUGCCAAUAGUAAUCAGCAGAAUUUCACUCUUGCCCCGUCCAAGAAUGUCACAACUGGAGGGGGCUGGGUUGCAAUGGAUCCUGGAACUGGCAGAAUCUUGUGGUCAACUGCAGUUCCUUACAAUGCCACGACCAAUCCAGUGAGUAUUGCCAACGGCGUGCUCUUUGCAGGCUCAACGUAUAGAACAGGACCUGUAUACGCAAUCAAUGCUGCAUCUGGUGAAAUACUGUGGUCGUAUGAGACAGGGGCCUCUGUAUACGGUGGCUUAUCAGCGAGCAAGGGAUGCAUAUACGUGGGGCAUGGAUACCGUGUAAUGCCUGCCCUCACUGCAGGAACCUCCCUCUUCGCCUUCUGCAUGAACUGAACUUUUAGCAUGGUUUUGGCCUGGAAACUCAAGAUUCGGCGUUGCUCAGCAUUAAUAUUUUAUUUGUAAACUACCAAGUAUCAUGUGAAAGUACAAGCAGAAAAUUGUAACUUCAACUGAAAUAAAAGAGACUUGGUCAUA